AUGAACUUCAUUACAUCAAAGCCGCUAGAAGUACCUAUUCUCGAGCCGCUUGAGGGAAAUGAAGCUGGAAACAUGAUGGUGCGCGGGAGUGGGUGGUCAGGGGAGAUUCAUACCCCACCUACCGCCUACGCUGAGCGACCUUUGGCUGCCAGAGAACCCGAUUCAAAGCGCGAGGGUGAUUCGCAUAAACAGCCCAAAGAAUCUACCACCUACGGCGACUUAAAGGCGACACCAGGCGCCCAGGGAACGAGAUCAAAGAAUGCUGCUGACAGACUCGACGAUCCACUCAGGAAGACUCGGAUGGCCAUUCGUAGGCAAUUACGGUAUUUAUUCAUCUACCCUCUGGUAUACAUCGUCAUGUGGAGCUUCCCCUUCGCGUCACACGCUUUAAACUACAGCGAAUAUUACGUUCAGCAUCCUGUCUUCUGGCUCUCCGUGGUCCAGACUAUGAUGCUAAGUCUGCAAGCUGGGGUUGACAGCAUCAUGUUUUCGUGUUCAGAGAAGCCUUGGGGAAAGGUCGACGCAUCGAAAUUUUCCAUCUCGUUUUUCUGGCGCUGGAGCAAAGCCUUUCUACAACGCCGCAGUUUCCAGAAAUCUUCGGUCUCAUCGGUGGGUCAGCCGGCUCAGCAGCAACCCGUGAACAACCACAACCCGACCUGGUGGGAAGCGGAAGGUCGUCGUCGCAAUGACAGCGUAUGGCUUGGGACCAACACCAUCUCACACACGAUAUCUUCACUUGCGACUCGCACACGAUCAAGAAGUCCACGCAAGCAAAGACAAGGUCUCAAUUCGCGGCCAGGGAGCUGUGAGCAGGGGACUGUGGUUGUUCCUCGGCUUGAGCCCGUCUCAGCAGGAACAGGCACGCUGUCGCUGGAUCAGAAUGCCCCAGAAGAACAUAGUGCUGGAAGUGCUUCAAAGUACCAGAGUUAG